AUGUCUGCCAACGGGCAUACCGAUCGAUCAGAUGAAAUUAUCGCUGGAAUAAUUAUGUUUACGGUGAGCGUUGUCGGAAGUGUGCUGAAUGUCUCGGCUGUCGUGCUGAUCUAUCGCACGCCAUCGUUCCACAAUGCGUUCGGUUUCAUUUGUGCCUCGCAUUUGCUGGCCGAUGUUGGUGUCCUCGUUAUUUUCAUGUUCUGGGCCGCUCCGGCGGCGUUA